AUCAUCAUUUAUUCAUGAGAGUGCAGAAGUGAGUAAUUGAAAUAGAGAGAGAGAGAAUGUCUACGGCGAGAGGAGGAGGAGGAAGAAGUCAGAGAUGGAGCGUGCAACCGCUUACUCCAUUAAUGGAAGGACCAGAUCUGGAAGAGAUACUACAAGAGGAAGGAAUAGGAAGAAAGGAGAUCUCUAAUUGGGAUGCCAUUCGCGAAUGGUUUCGUCUCCAAACUACCAAUUCUAAUUCUAAUUCAAAUUCAAAAGGAACAUUCUCAAUCAUGUCCAACAUUCUCUACGGCGACAAUCACGCCAAUGUUAAUCCAGCCAAGAUGCAAGACUUAAGACUUCUCCUCGGUGUCCUAGGAUGUCCUUUAGCUCCAAUUCCUCUUUCAACCGACCAACUCCACACUCCACUCAUCAUCACCAAGAACAGCAUUCCCUUCGAGACUUCGACGGCCAAUUAUAUAAUACAGCAGUACUUAGCCGCGUCUGGAUGCUUCAAGCAGAAAGAUGGCAAGGAGACUGUGAAGAAUAUGUACGCGACAGGAGUCCUCAACAUGAUAUGCUGCGAGACCGAGGUUUCAACCGGAGGUGGAGGAGGAGUUGAAGGAGGAGUGAGGAGUUUCGGGACUAAGAGCGGUGAGAGCGGAUGUUUCGUGGUUUGGCAAAUGUCUCCAGGGAUGUGGUCUCUUGAACUCUCUGUUGGAUCCGCCUAUAAAGUGGUUGCCGGUAGCGACGGUAAGAUCGUUUGGCGUCACACUCCAUGGCUUGGUACUCAUGCCGCCAAGGGCCCCCACCGCCCUCUCCGUCGCCUAAUCCAGGGUUUGGAUCCUAAGAGCACAGCUAGACUAUUCGAGGAAGCAUUAUUAAUGGGAGAAAGAAGAAUCGGGGAGGAAGAUUGCUUCGUCCUCAAGGUAUCGGCUGAUCGAGCAGCCGUAACAGAGAGGAACGACGGGCCAGCCGAAGUCCUACGACACGUCUUGUACGGUUACUUCAGCCAGAAGAGUGGUCUCCUGAUCUACCUCGAGGACUCUCACUUGACGCGUGUCAUGCACACGAUUAACGAUAACAAAACCGACGGCGAUGAUUCAGCGGUGUAUUGGGAGACUACGAUAGGGAGUAGUAUAGGGGAUUACAGGGACGUGGAUGGAUUGAUGAUUGCACAUAGGGGGAGGACGGUUGCUACGGUUUUCAGGUUCGGGGAUGAUUUGACGAUGCAGUAUAGUAGAACUCGAAUGGAGGAGUUGUGGAGGAUUCAUGAUGUUGUUUUCAAUGUCCCGGGUCUUUCGGCGGAUUCCUUCAUUCCUCCUGCCGAUAUUUUCCAUUCGCUUGGUUAAUAAUUUUUAGGGUUUGGCUAAUUGGUAUAAUUUUUCCUAAUUGCUCACUCAAUGAAGAGAGGCAUGACAUGAAAGGAGAGUCAAGUCAUGUAUGCUAGUGCACUCAUAUUUUUACUAAGAUUAUUAAUGUGUACAAAUGUAUUUCUGUGUUAUGA